AUGUCAGUCCUGAUGAAAGAACACGGGAUCACCAAAACUUCCCAACCUAAAAUAGCACUUGCUGGAAAAAAACCGCCUGGAAUCCUUCCGCGAGAGGUUCGAGUUGCGAUAGAAAGCAUGAAAAGAGGAGCAGCUCCAGGACCCGAUAAUAUUAACGCCGGCUUCCUUAGACUGGAAGCCACAGUUUACAUGUACUUCUCGUAA